AUGAUUAAUACUAUCACAAUUGGAUUUUUGCUUCUCAAUUUUCUCAAAGUAUUGACUGUAGAUUUUGAAAUCGCUAUUUCAAAAGAUUCCUUAUAUUCCCAAAAACGAAUUGUAAAUACAAUUUCAGCAAAUACAACUUUUAUUGUUAAUUGCUAUAAUUUAUUUGCGCAAUAUUGUUCAAUUGAACUAAAUUAAACAUCAAAUACAGCAGCUGAAAUAGCUCUACUAUUUCUUGAAGGAUAAGCACCAUUUUUAAAUAAUAAGUAGGAUUUUAUUUAUGAUGGAAUGGACUAUGAUAGGUAUUGGUUUAUCUGAAACUAUAGUUAUGUGCAAUAAAAAAGAAACCAUUUUAUCUUGAUACCCAGCUCAAAAGAUAAAGUAUACUUUACUGUAUUGACAAAUAUUCCAGUUUCCUUUGAUAUUUAUUUAAGAGGAUCAUAAACCAUGUUAUGUCCAGGUGAUUGCAAAGGAAAUGGAAUAUGCAUAGAAGGAAAAUGUAGAUGUGAAUAAGGUUUUAUUGCUAGGGAUUGUUCAUUGAAAGCCUUAAAAUUGGAGUAAGACUAAUCCAUCAAGAUUAAUGGUUCUCAUGAUCCGAACUUUUAUUUUUAUUAUGAAUACAAUGGAACUUCUGAUUUAAGACUUGAAAUCUCAGUAAUUUUAAUAUUUAUCUAAGACUAAAGAUGAUGAAAAUGAAACAUAAGUUUAUUUAAUUAUACCUGAUCUAGUUUAUUUACCAACAACUAAUUUCUUUAAUGAUGCAGCUAGAAUUACAAUAUAAACUCCAUAUGUUAGAUAUAUAGAUCAAAGAAAGUAGAGUAAUUAAAAUGAUUAGAAUUCUUAAAUUCCUGAUAGGUUGAUUAUAUUACUUUAAGGUGUUUAAUUUAGUAUUAGAUUGGAUCUCAUAAAAGAUGAGAGCAAAAAUGAAUAGAUGAAAUUAAUAAUAAUAAUUGUUAGCAGUGUAGCUGGUUCUUUGUUACUAUGUUUUUGUAUCUUUUUAAUAAGAAGAGCAAGGUAAAAUAGAUAAAUGGAUAAAUAAACACCAGAAGAUUAUGAAAUGAGAGAAAAAUAAUUUACAUAUGGACGUUCUUUGAGUAAGAAAGAGGAUGAUUAAAUUUUUACUGUGAAUAAUUAAAUAUAAUCUAAUGAUCUUUAAGAUUGUGCAAUUUGUUUAGAUCCUCUUUCAAAUUAACAACCUAUUAAAAAUACUCCAUGCAAGUAUUAUUAGGCUAUAUUAAUAGACAUAUAUUUCAUGCUAAAUGUAUAGAAAAAUGGCUUUAGAAAAAUCAAUUUUGUCCUUUCUGUCGAUUUGAUUUAAAAAUUGACAAUUUGAAAUAAUAAUAAUAAAUACUUAUUAAAAUACCAGUUGCAAAUCAAGUUAGAAUAGUUAGAAGAAAUAAUUGA